AUGAAAAUAAUAAAGAAGUUUACAUUACUAACAUUACAAAAAUCAGCUGGAGAAACCAAAUCUCACAUAACAAGAACAAUAACACCGGGUGAGCCACAGUCAUUGAUCGCAGAACCCGAUGAUCUUGCUUUAAAAAUUCAUUGGUUACCGCCAAUAAUUGGAAGACGAUGUGUUCAAACAUAUCGUGUUAUAAUAUCUAACAUGGAGUCAACUUUUUAUAAAAUCUCGGAUACCACAAAUACAUCAAUAGUUAUAAAGGAUUUACAUGCUUGUACUUCCUAUAUGAUUCGUGUUAUUGCAUUUGGUAAAGAUUCUUCAAAUGGAAUGUUAGCUACUACUGAAGGAAGAACAAAUAAAAAUAUAACACAAUCUCCUGUAUUAUUUGCAUAUGAACCUGGGAUUUUUAAUAUAUCAAUGACAUGGAGUAUUACAAAUGUAGCAAAUAAUUGUGAACUGGAAUCUUUAAUAGUUACAUGUAAUUAUGUGAAAACGAAUGGACACGGUUACGUACCAAAAGCAGGGAAUGUUCAAACAAGCUUGAAUAAUCAUACGAUAUUGGCAAAUAUAACAGUAACAGAUCUUAGCCCUAAUACAACAUAUUUAUGCGAAGCAUUUGUUAUUAAUGAGGCAGGAAACAGUUCAUUAAGUGAACCAACAAACAUUACAACACUAGAAGAUAUAUUACCUCCACCUACUAUUAACGUAAUAAAUGUAACAGAUACUCAAUUUAUCUUUACUUUGGAGAAGCCCACAUAUCUGCCAGAAGUAUUGAUAGAGUAUGAAAUAAAAUUUACAUGGAAUAAGUUAUCUGAAAGACCAGAAUCGUGUACUGAUAAUAUUUCUGGUCUUGUUAUCAUUAGAAAUAUUACUGCCACAUCAUUUGAAUAUUCAAAAGGAAAACCGUACACUAAUUAUACUGCAACUGCUAAAGCUAGAACUGCUGCAGGUUGGAGUAAUGAUAGUAAUGUUAUAACAUUUGUAACAGAACCAGGAAUUCCAUUAGAACCCAAUGAAGAAUAUAUAAAAUCAAUUACUAUAGAUGCAUAUAAAGCACGCAGGUCUACUACAUCAGUCACCAUUUUACUUCCAUUAUUUUCUGAUGAUAAUGGUGAAAUUAAAUAUUAUGCUAUUAUGGUUUCAAGAAAGGGAUAUAAUGUUGCUUCAAAAAUGAAAUUUAAUUUGACCCAAAAUGGAUGGCCAAAUGUUUCAUCAUGGGAGGAAUCCAUGAAAAAUGAUUUUUCUAUAUCUUACCAAGCUACUAGACCAAGAUGGCAACCUUUUCCAAAUUAUAUUGCUGACUAUGGUCACAUAAAAGCAGUAAAAUAUGUACUUGGUGAAGAUACAGCUUGUAAAGAAAUAUCAUCUAAUUCAAAUGGACGAUUAUAUUGUAAUGGACCACUUAAAUCAGAUACAUGGUAUGAUGUUAGAAUGCGUGCAUUUACUUCUGGAGGUUUUACGGAUUCGCCUACUUUUUUGAUAAAAACAAAUGCAGAGUUAGACGUCGGAGCUGUAAUUGGAAUUGUGCUUGGAAUUUUACUUUUGGGUAUUUUGACAACUACAAUGCUUCUUGUACGAAAAUGUUCUCCAUAUACAAUAUUUCGUCAGUUUUUAAAUGCUGAUAUGCCUGGAUCACCAAUACCUACUCCAUUUACAAGAAAAAAAUUUCUUGCACAUUGUCAAGAACUUAUUGACAAUCCUGGUAAAUUAAGUAAUGAAUUUAGGUUACUUCAAACUUUAAGUGUGGAUCUACAAAUGCCAACGAAUACUGCUUGUUUACAAGCUAAUAGAAAAAAAAAUCGAUAUUCUGAUAUUUUACCAUAUGAUUUCUCAAGAGUUAAAUUAGAAGUAAUUGAUAAUGAUCCUAACACCGAUUAUAUUAAUGCCUCAUUUAUAAAAGGUUAUAGUGGAGAAGAUGAAUAUAUAGCUUGUCAAGGACCAAAAGAAGAUACAACAUAUGAUUUUUGGAGAAUGAUUGAUCAAUAUGAAAUAAAUAUUAUUGUUAUGUUAACUCAAUUAGUUGAAAAGGAUAAAGUAAAGUGUCAUCAAUAUUAUCCAAUAAUUAGAGAAACUUUUGGAUAUGAAAAUAUAACAAUACGAUGUACAAGCGAAUUAGAUUUUAGAACAUACACUCAAAGGACAUUGAUAUUGCAAAAGGAAAAUAAAAAGAAAACGAUAACACAUUUUCAUUUUAAAGAAUGGCCAGACCAUGACGUUCCAGAGGAUUUUGAUUCAAUGAUCAAUUUUUGUCAAAUUUUGCGUCGUAAUAUUGGCACUAAUAAAGGUUUUGUUGUUGUCCAUUGCAGUGCAGGAAUUGGUAGAACAGGUACUCUCAUAGCAAUUGAUAUUCUUUUACAAUAUCUUAGAGAUAAUAGAAAACUAGAUGUGUUUGGAACUGUCUAUAGAUUAAGACAUCAUAGAAUAAACAUGGUUCAACGAGAGAGCCAAUAUACCUACAUAUAUAACUGUUUAAUGCAGGUUCUUAAAAAUCCAUAUUUUUUAAAGACGUAUAAGCCACCUCCUGUGGAUCCAGUGCAUGAUAACAAUUCUAAAAGUGCAAGUGAAACAAUGAACUCAGAUGGCAGCCAUAAAGUAAAUCUUGAAACAUGUAUGUGACUUUUUCACAUAAAUUGCACUGAUUUUGUUUGUUAUUAUUAAAUUAUUAUUUAGAUAAAACUGAUUAUAAAUACUACUAAAAAAAAGUAAACUUUUCACUAUUUUUUUUAAUACUGAUAAAAUGAAUCUUAUUUAGGAGCAAUAUUUACUCUAUUUUCAAAUGUCAACAAAUAUAUGAUCAAAUAUGUGCCUUGUCAAUGUCUGACUCAAUGAACGUAAAAUUGAACAAAAGAUUUACCUAAUGAAUUUUAUAAACUGAACAUGAAUUCUAUACAACUCCAAAAGAUAAAUUUGUACAAAGUUAAAUUUUUACAAACCAAAAACAAUAUAAUAAUGAAACUAAAAGAGACGAUAAAAUAUAAUGAGAAUAGCAAACAUGGUAAAAUUACUUUUAUUCUCUUUAGUUAACUCUUUAAUGUAUAUACUUAUUGUGUGAACUAGCCAUUAAUAAUAAUUUAUAAUGUUAAAUAUAAUUGUAAAAUAUUUUAUCACGUAUGAAGACUUUAAGCAAAUACUUUAAAUUUCCCAAACAACAAAUAAGUGUACGCCGUGGCGCCUUGGGGAACCACGGCUUUUUCACAAAGUGCCUCGAAAUAUUAGAAAGUAUUCGUAUAAUUUUAUUUCUAUUUCCAAUUCUGUGAUAAAAUGCAAAAUUUAGCAGGCUUGAUGUAAACCAUUAACUCAUUUAAUAAUAACUGUUUGCAGAAACCUUCACAAAUAAAACAUUUUUAUGUAUUUUUAGUCAAUCUAAUAAAAAGAACUUCUAAUUUUUUUGUAAGACAAACUUGUUAGAAUUUGACAUGGAGUACCUUAAAAAAAUUUGAAUUCAGCAAGGUCGCCGAAAAUAGAAAAAGUUUACAAAUCUCUGCUUAAAGUAAUUAAUAGCAUAUAAUUGUAAUCAUGAUAUUAUAUAAGCGUAAAAUUAUUAAAAAAUAUAUUUAUAGAUUUUUAU